ACAACUAAUAAUCUUGUACAACUGAGUUUAUUAAUCGACCGGUUUCGUCUGCUGCUGAGACUUCGUCAGCAUUAAAGUACAAGAUACAAAGAUGGAACUUAUUUUAUACUAAACCUUUGAAGCUCAAAGUACGCUUCUACUUUAGGGCGUGAACUACAAAACACCGACAAGAAAUACGUGUAGGACAUGACUGAAAUCCUGCGCUAGAAAAUGUGCAAUGUAAGCGGGGCUCACAGAUUUAACGGGCUAAGCGCUGUUCGCUAUAGAUAACGCUUGCGUACAAAUACCCGUGUACAUGUUAGCGCCACAUUGAUCCGGUGUUUAUGGGUUUUUUUUUGACAGCGAAAAAACUUUUUCCCAUCGCUUCCCGCGAUCGCGUUCCUCACUCGCUACCAGCUUCCGCUCGCGUUUUCUUGCUCACUCCAAGUCUCCCAAUCGCCCUUUGCGCUAAGAUAAAAAUAAAAAGAGCCUGUGGAGGAGGCAGCUGAAAUGCAGCUGUUUGAUAUUGAUAUCUGACAGAGAAUUGAGCGGGUAUUAUAAUAUGAUGUCUACUGAAAGCUGAUAGUGUAGAUAUUAUGUGCACUAUCAGCUUUCAGUGGAUAUUUUACUGCGCAUUACUGGGACCAUUAACGAGUUAGGAAUAGAUGUCAAGGUGAGCUUUUUAAAGUCUUUUUUUAGUCAAUACAAAUGUUCUUUAGUAUCUAAAUGAUGCUGAGAUAAAAUCCCUAGUUCUGUUUACUGCUGUUUGAAAACCUUAGGAAGACACCCUGAUCUCCUUUUUCCUUUCCUUUUUUCCCCGCGAAGAGAUUAUAAACGAUAAAGAAUUACGUGAAAACUAUGGACUUCAAUCAAAGAUCCGGCGUCGAUUUUUAUAGACAUUUGAUACUAUGGAAUCGCGCAAUUUUCGUCAGAAGAAUUCUUGCAAGAGAAAGCUGGUUAAAGUAGCGUUCCGCUUUCGUCGAGGUUCUUGUGAUAAGACGUUCUUAAAACAACACUCGUUUCAAAAGCAAAUAUGUCAGCUAAAUUGUAACUAACUUCCUAUACGCUACGAGGACCUUUGUUUCAUUUCAUGAUUUUCAUUAUUAUGGUUUGUACCACGGUUCUUUCAGAUAAUAGAUACAAUAGGUUUUAUUUUCAAUUCAUCUUUCAGCAUUCUAAAAAACAUCAUGAAUGUGAAGGAUCUGAUCAAGUUCUCAACUUGCGUCAGAAGAAUUAAGUGUUGUAACCCGCCACUGACUUCACGCAAAUAAACUUCUGAUAUAUUUUUGGAUUCGUUUUUGAAUUUAAUUUUUUUUUUUCGCUCUUCCGUUUUCUUCUAUUUUUCAUUGCUUUUGUGCAUUUUAUAGUAGUUUAUCAAGGUCUAGAAUGGAUGUUUGCGGACCUUAAAUUUAAUUCAAAACGAUCAAAUCUCCCAAAACGAACGAAGGUGAAAAAAAUCUCAAUGCGAUGUUGACCGUUUAUGGUUCAUUCUAAUGUUUCCCAAGUGUCAAACUCGAAUUUGUGACUGGACGUGCUUUAGGAAAGGAUCUCUUCAUUCACGCCUAUUGACUUCCUAAGAGCGAAUUUUCGUCAUAUUCCGUAGUCUAAGCUUUCGAAAUUGAAUACUCUAUCGUGGGUUUUGUCAAACCAAAGGAAAAGUGGGCAUGACAAGAACACCUGCCAGUUACCUCACACAAACCACGUACGACAUGCCCAGCAGCUCAAAACACGUCAAAAGGUCUUUGCAUUUUGAUAAUAAAUAGAAACCUCUUAUUCCCCCGCAUAGCAAGCAUUGAUGAAACCAAUGGACGUUCACUUCCUGCUACAAUAUUAAUACUAUGAAAAUAAAAGGACGAUAUUGAUGUUUGUUUCCGAUUUGCUCGCCUAUUAUGAUGAAACCGAACUGGCGAAAAAUUAGAGCUUUGCGCACUAUUAAGUGGCAAAAUUCAAUUCAAGAUUAUAUCUUCAUUCUUCACAGGUUGGCAUAUUACCCUUCUACCAUCUGUUUUACUCAGUUUAUUUCUAUGACAACAGACACCUCCUGAUCAGGAACUUUUGCGCUAAUUGCUCUCUUGAUUGCCGCGUUUACUAUAACAAUAGCCACCAUUGGAGUUAUUACGUGUCAGCAUUGAGGCCUUAAUACUAUUAAACGAAUCACUGUGCCAUUAAAUGUCGCUUCUAUGGCACCGGUUUGGGCGUGCCUUAAUGACUCAAAAACAGUCCACAGGAAGUAGAUAUGGAGAGUAGUUACUUGCUAUGGGUAAUAGAUGAAAAAAAAUAGUAACAAUACCUCAGGCAAGGCAACAUUACAGACGCGCAACAUGGUAAGUGACACCAAACAUCAUGCCACUCUCUCAAUUAGCAAAGGAACACUCAGAAUACCAAUUUACUGCUCCAUCGCAACCUAAUAUCCAUGGUAAUGCGCUCUGUACAUUUGAAUAUUUAUACAUCCUGUCUAUUUAAACUAUGGUGGCAGAUAAGAUUUAUGUAUAUACACACCGAUCGCGCCCAUAACAGCGCAACUUAAGACGGCUCUACCGAGCGGAGGAAACAUGAAUGUCACGUCGGUUUUCAACGAGAACGUUUCAAGUCACAAUGCCACACAACUCGUUCAAAGGUCCAUGUGCGGCGGCCGUUUUUCCUGGAUUGUACACGGCCCAUUGAUGGUAUUUUGCGCGCUGAUCAUCGCCUCUAACAGUGUCGUGAUAGCUUUAAUGUGCUGGAAAGAGACGUUACGCACACUGAGCAACAUUCUCCUUGUUUCACUGGCCGUGUCAGACUUAUUGUCAGGGUUUGUGGGUAUUCCGCUGCUUUUUGCUUGUGCCAUUGCCAGGUCGAUGUCGUUAAUCACGUGUAUCUCGUCCGCCCUUUUUAUGCGUUUUACAGCCGUUUCAACAAUGCUCCAUUUCGUCCUAGUCGCAUGUGAUCGCUAUGCUAUGAUAACUCAUCCCAUGCACUACCACACAAUCGUAACGAGAACGCGAGUCGGGUGCACACUUACUGCCGUGUGGUUUAUCUCCCCCAUUGUGUCAGUGGUGCAGAUGGCUUGGUACGACCUUAAUGAAGACUUAGGAGAGACAAAACGCCAAGACGAAGUGUACAUAGUAUUUUUAGUGGUAGCGUUCUUCGCAUUGCCUCUGUUUUGCAUGCUGUGUAGUUACAGCCGCAUUCUCAUUAUGUCUCUCCGCCUUGUUUUCGCGUCGCGAGCGCGUCGUGCCAACUUGGGCGACGGACCUGUUAAUUCGAUUGCGCGCGACUUGCGAGGAACAGUGAUUGUCAUUUCCAUGCUGGUGGUGUUCGCUGGUUGUUGGUUGCCUUCCUAUCUUAUGAUACUUCAAGAUCACAUCAGUGUGAAAAUUAUUCCAAUUCAUUCUUGGGGAUUGUGUCUGUUCCCUUUCUUGCGUUUUAUUCCACCAAUGUCUAAUCCAGCGUUCUGCGCGUUCUGCAAACGUGAUUUCAGGCAUGCUUUGCGCCUGUGGAUCAGGACUCGUGGAUUUUGCAAGGCGCAGUGGUAUGGCCACAAAAAAUCAACUCGACAGGGAAAUAAAGAUCUCCGCAUCACGUUCACUCGAAGCCAAGACGAUCCAAGACUCGCUUCAGACAGGAAUGGAACAGCAAUAACUGUUGAAACAUCACUACAACGUUCGCCAUCGCCACAAACUUUUAGAGUAUCUGUAAACCGUAUAAAGUUGCUCUAGCAAAAGAAAAUUCGAAACAAGGAUUUUAAUGCAUCGAUUCUCCCAAAACAAAAUACAUGGAUUUUUUUAUGAAACAGUGUUGUUUUGCUAACGACAUUUCCGUUGAGAAAAAAAUAUCGUUUUUCCAUCAGAACCUUACCCGAACCGAAUCCCAGUUUCAGUCUGUAACUUUGCCGUUAAUCACAGUUUAUUAAGUGUAGUUGUACUCGACCCAAGUUGUUUUUACUUGAACUUUAUUUCUUUCCCCUUUUCGUGCCCUUUGCUAUAGGGAUCUAUGACAAAUGAAAAUUACGAAAGUUUACACACUUAGCACGGGGUAAAAUCGAAUACGCGACAAAUCUUUUUCAUAAAACACCCGUUGAUACUACGAUAGAAACUGAGAAAGGAAAUAUUAACCGUGUGAUUUGUAAUAGGAUAGUGUUAAAACUACAAAAAAACGGCCAAAGAAGGAGAUCAAUAUACAUGUUGGUAAUUUAUCCCGGGGGCAAAGCCGCCUGUCUAGUCCAUAUUUUGCAUUUUGUCAAUUACGCUCCCUUCUUUCGGCCCACAAACUGUUACCACAUCAAUACGAAUUUGAAUACGAUAUGGACCAUGUAACCAAGUUAAUCAAGUUAAAUUUGAUCUAUAAAUACCCUCUAUUUCAAUAACAGGACUUUGUUUUGUUCAGACCAGGUUUUGUUUUCCAUUUCUCUUAAAUAAAACGAAACAAAACGAAACUGCGUGGUUGAUGAAUCGGAGCUAACAUAGCUGACCGCAAAACAUUUUCAAUUUAUUAUUAUUUUUUAUUAUUAUUUUUUAUACAGUGUGCAUUUGGCGAGGACGAUUUCUAAUACGACCACGUAGGCUUAUUGAGUUUAAACAAAUAAAAUUUCUUGUUUAAUCUGUGUAAAUGUCGCUAGGAAUUCCUUUCUCAAAAUCUGACGUGUGUAGGAAAUCGGCCUUUUCACUUGCUCGAAGACCAAUACAAACGUAGCUCAAUUUCCGUGUGAUUUAGGGAACAGUGUCAACAAAAUAACCCAUUUCUUUCAGAAAAUUUUAUUAUAUUUGGUUACCAGCGAUUGUUUAGUACACCCUGUUUAAACAAGAUUCGAAUAAAAUUCAUAACAAGUAAGAAAAUUUCGAAGAUAGGCUUUUCAUUGUUGACUAAAACUCCCUUCCAAAGGAAAUGAUAGAAAAUUUCAUCUCGGUUAGAACACCUUUUCGUGUAUAGAGCUUCCGAUCACAGUAGGAAUAAACUGAAAAUAAAAAAUACGUUUCCAGUAUAAUUUCUUAUCUGAUAGCGCAUUAUUAUCGCAAUAAAAUCCUUGACCACCUUUACAUUUCUGGUCGUAAUUAAGGACUUUCGUAAUGGCCAAACUCAGGAAAUCUUGAUUGAACCAAAUCAACCACUUUACGAAAAUCAGAUAACUCCUGCUAUUAAGUACUUUCUGUAUUAGGACCAAACAUCUGAAAGCUAAACGAAGAUUUGUUGUCAUUCCCUGUUAGCAAGUUGUUAAGGUUUUUCUGGUAGAAAAAUAACUGUCACCUAACAAUCUGAAACUAGUACAAACCCGCGGCUACAAAACAUUAGCGCGAAACCUCGAAAACUAAUUAUUAACCACAAUGCGGACAUGUUAAUGGCGUUUAACCCAUUAGCUGUUAAUAAAGGAAGAUUCAAAUGUUUACAGUAAUACUACGAAAACAAUAUAAGUGGCAUUACAGUCUACCCCUUUUAUCGCCAUUAAACUUAAAUCCCACUUUACAAAUCUCAGUAAUAUCUCGCAGAUAUGUAAUAUCCGCCUCCUUCGGCUUCCUUUGGUAGCAAACCUUAUGGUCAAAUGUGAUUUCCGCUUUCUCCGCGCAAUAGUGUUACCGCAAUUUCUGUGGGGCUGUCUAUAAUUAAUAGAUACCGAUCUUUUUAUUUUUCUAAAAUAAAUUGACAAAAAAUGAUAAGCGAUAAGAAUAUGUACUAGUGACGUAAAAUCCCGGAAAAAAAACAUUAAAGUAUUGACUUGAUACUUGGAAAACCACUGUGUGUGUGCGUCUGUUUGUGUAGAGAGACAUGAAAUCUCCUGGAUUUAAGUUCUCAAGCCUAACUGUUUGCACUGGGAUAACCAUUCUGCAAAUAUUAAAUUCAACUUCAACAAAACUGUGAUUAGCACUUUGGUAGCGUACUAGUCCGUGUUGUUUGAUUCAGUCAUCUGCGCGCGUUCUGUAAUCCGCCAUUUUAUCGGGGAAACUGCUUCACUUAUUGUAUUCGUAAUUCGUACUGCACGGAUAAAGCCUGCAAAAUGACCUGGGGCCCCUUUCUCGAACGUCCCCGAAACUUUACGGACCCGAAGCCAUAUAUUAAGGUCUAAAUCUAAGGAAUAGUAGCUCGGGGUCUAGCUCAAAAACCAGUCCAUACUAUUUCGUUUUACUAAUAUUUUUUAACGUUUGAAUUUCAAAACUAUAAAUAUAUCUACAAUAGAUCUUGAACGCAAACA